AUGCGCCAACCUGAUUCAUUCAGUGUAAAAUGCUCGAUACCAAUCUAUGCGAUCACUUCACCAAAUUCAAAUGACUUCAUAUAUGCUGGAGGUGGUGGACAAUCCAAGAGUGGUAUAGCCAACGCAAUCAAAAGCGUUACUGUAGACGAAAAGAAAAGAAGCACGGUUGAUCAAGCAGAGAUCAAGUUGAGCAGUGCAGAGGAUGCUCCAAUGUGCAUAACCCUUACACCUGACGAAAAUGACGAUGACGUAGAAGAACCGGAAGAUCAGAUGUCAGAUCCUCAAUCAAGCUCUUCAGAAAAGCUUUCGACGAAUGGUAAGGCUUCGUUGAACAGCUCCCGCCUUUCUCAGAGAACGAUCAUUGCUGCCAUAAAUUCGGCAGUCUCCCCUUCCGGUGCGAACAAGAACUUGAGGAAGUUUGAAUGGACAAAUUCGCCAAAAGAACAAGACGAGAAAAAGCUACAAUCGAUCAAAAGUGUAGAUGAAGUUGAAUCCGUAUCAAUCAAGGAUGCUGAAGUGUAUAUUCGAUGCAUCUCAACAUCACCCAAUGGCUCAUUCGUAGCAGUAGGAAGUACAGAUGGUCAAUUCUCAUUGCAUUCGCUGCCCACACUUGAACGUCUUUGGUCUAAAACCAUUGAGGACAAAAAUGGCAUUGCAGAUGUGACUUUUUCAGCUGAUUCGGCUUUGAUUGCAAUCGUUACGUCUGAUUCCAUUCAAAUUUAUCCAACCUUAUCCGCCGCCAAAAGUUCUUCUGGACCAGAACUUUAUCAAAGCAUACGCAAUCCUACCUUGAAAGGAACAAACGGUUGUGUUUUCAGAGCAGCACGUUUUGGUCGCAAUGCAAAAGGAACUUCAACGACAAAAAGCAGCCGGCUAUUUACUGUGGUCAAUUCAAAUCCUGCCGCUGGCUUGGGAAGCUCAAAGAAAGAUCGUGAAAAGGCAAAAAUACGAAAAUGCUUCAUUUCUUCGUGGGAUACAGAUACAUGGACAGUCGUACAAAGUCGUCAGAUAAGCGAUAGACCGGCAACGGUUGCAGAGAUAAGCGAUGAUGGUGCUUUUAUUGCAAUCAGUACUUCGGAUCUUUCUUUGCAUCUCUUGUCCAGUCAUACGUUGAAAUCGAUUUGGCAAAUACGUGAUACGCAUGCAUUCCCAGGAACCUGUUUGGCUUUCAGCCGAAAUGGUAAACUUCUGGCAAGUGGGAGUGCGGAUAUGACGUUACGCAUUGCUUCGGUAGGAAAAGAUUCGGGAUCGAUGAUCACAACAUCCUUCAUUGAGAGUAAUGCUGUCAUCUUUAUCGUUGCUUUAGCUUUGGCCAUCUUGGCAUGCCCUGGCAAAAGGCUAUGUCCAAAGUUUGUCAGCGGAGCUUUUGAUGGCUCACCAAUCGUCCUAUGCUCCAUUUCAGCCGUUGUUGGAGUAGACAAGAAUUUGAUCUUGUACUUUGAUGUAGAUCGUUCAUGUGAAAGAAGCAUGGCUGAUCCCAAAUCCAUCAAUGAAGAUGCCACAUCAGGCCUAAAAGGUGCAUCUCCGGCAGAAUUACUAACGAAUUUGCGAGAAAAGAUUCACCAAACAAAUCUGUUGGAAAAGAGCAAUGUGGAAAUGGAACAAAUGCUACUAUCGGGCAAGACUGAUGGGGAUGAAUCAAAAGACUUGGAUGAAGAUGAUAAAGUAGUCUUAAAAGAAGCAUUCGAGGAAAAUAAAGAAGCAAUUCAACGAAAGAAGGAAGCAAGUCAGAUAUUCUGUGAAAUGUUGUUAAGAAAGAUAAAAGAAAGUCAGGUAUCCCAAGAGCUUGCUCUAGAAAUUCAUUCAACAAUACAAGAAGUACAAGGAUCAAGCACAGCUGCAACAGAAGACCAAGGCAUAUAUAUGUAG